AUGCUACCCACUGGGAGACAGGCUGCCGUUGUCGCUGUUCUUGCAGGGGUGGUGCUGCCCACAAUCGCACGCAUCGCGUCUUCACCGCUCGCGCUUGUCCUGUGCCUCCCAUUCUUCCUGGUGUUCACUGUCCUGGGCUUCCUCGUGCUCAAUGUUGCCCUCGGAUACCUUCUGGACAGCUCGAGGCCGCCAGCACCCAAUGCAUUGCCGCAUGCCGCAAGGCCACUCGCCUUCUCCACCCCGGCAGCAUGGCAGGCCGUCCUUACGCGUUCGCAGUGGUCGCACAAGGCCCCGCAAUCCUUACCGCCGCUGUGCCCCGACUCCCCGGUGAUCUCGUCUGCGCUUAACGACAUACUCAUCAUGAUUGUAAGAGACUUCGUGCUCGUAUGGUACCGCAACAUUUCAUCUUCCCCGUCCUUCCCGACCGCGGUGUCCUCGAUCCUUCACAGUUGCAUCGAACAGUUGCUAGCGCGAGUGGAGACUGUGGACCUCUCCGCUCUCAUCGUCAAGCGGAUAGUGCCCAAGGUCACCGCGCACAUCGAGCAGUUUCGCCAGUCCGAAGUCGCGCUGCGGGGCGCCGAGCUGGAGCGCAGGUUGACGCAGUCGGAGGAGCUCGACUUGUUGCUGGCGAGUCGCUAUGCAGGCCGGGGCGGAGGGAAGCUACAUCGUGCCGUGGACAACCUCUCUUCCACCUUCACGAGGCAGACAGAGGAGAACCACUUGCGAGAGCUCAUCGACAAGGCUCUCCCCACCAUCUUGCCGGAGAAGGAGGCCAACAGCCAGGCUGUGAGGUUGGUGGUCAGAGAAAUUGUGGCCUGCUCUGUUUUCUACCCCAUCAUGGACAUGGUCGCCGAGCCCGACUUCUGGAACCGCUCAAUUGACACCGUGGCGGGAGCAGCGAUACGUCAACAGAGGCUCGUGUCGAAAGUGCGCAACAUCCUGGAGGCUCAGCUGCCCCGUCCCAAUGCUCGUGUGCCCGAGUUGAAAGCACCCACCACGGAGACCAUCACGAUUCGUACCGACCCACGUCAGUUCGAGUCUUUCCUGCGUAGCAUCAAUCGUUGCUCGUCCCUUCUUGACGCGAGGAGGCUCAAGAAUGAUAUCAUGAGCGAAAUCAGACGUAACAGAACGCUGCUCGCGAGCCACGAGAAGGAUGACUGGAUCAAUGGGGAGAAGACGGAAGACAUUGUUGCCUUCCUAGACAGACUGUAUACCGCGAAACGUACUGUGGAGAAACGGAUCGCUGUGUUGGGUGGCGAGCCAGAGCCGCGUUCCGCAAAUGUGACAGAAACGCAUACCGCCUCAAGCCUGGGCCUUCGCGACGUCCUCACCAACCCGAGUUCUCUAUCAUACUUCAUGGAGUUUAUGGAUCGGCGACAUCGCUCCUUAUUGGUGCAAUUCUGGCUGACAGUCGAGAGCUUCAAGAACCCUCUGGAGUCGGUAGACUCAGGCAGCGACGAUGACGACGACGAAGCGGUACUGGACCCCGCCCGCUCUGCUACGCUCAAGGAGGAUAUCUCCAUGAUGAACGAGCUCUACUUCUCCAACUCAACACCUGAUCCCGUCUUGGGAACCAUCUCGCAGAAGCACGUCCAGGCUAUCCGCUCGUUCGGGCUCUCAGAGGAACCACCCACUCCCGCGGAGGAAAGUCGAGUGCGGAAGAGCGUCAUGUUGGUACAGAGACAGGUUGAACGCGAGAUGGAGCAGGACUUUGAGGAGUUCCAGCGUUCGGAGCUGUGGUUCCGCGUUGUGGGUGACGCGGAGCUGCACGGUCGGAGGGACGCCGCAGCCUCCUCACACAACACGAGUGCAGAUUCGUCUGUCGUGUCUCGGGCGUCUUCUGGGAUGUCGCGGGGAUCGUCCGUGUCGUCCGAGCGUAGCUUGAGGACUCCGGUGCCACGCUCAAACUCGACUCCGCUGCUGAAGAUCCCUUUGGGCCAGAAGCCCAUGGGCGUAGUAGUGUCGUCGCCUGCCACUCCACUCGGAGCGCCUCCCCCAACCGCUCUGCCACGUGCUGUAGCAUCUGCGUCGAACCUGGAGCUGCUCAUGUCCCCGGCCGCGGACUCGCACUCUACCUCUACAAACCGAGCGCCCCUCUUCGAUGAUCCUAACGAUCCAGAGGUGCAACAACUCACGGAACAGUCCCGCCGCAUGGAAGCGAUCCAGGCUGCCCUGACCGAUAUCAUCGCGCUGGACAAGCGGGACAACCCUCCGGAGUCGAAAUCCCUGGAAGGCCUGCCGGGCGCGCUGAGUGACGGCAUCAUUCGCGAGAAGAAGCGUGUCCUGUUCGACGACGAGGUGUACGAAGAGGAGCGAGCGGAGGAUGAUGCUGAUGAGGGGCAUGGCUCCUUCCAGCUUGCUGGCCCCGGCGACCUGCAGCUCUCGCAUGAGAUCGCGAGGCUGGCGAGCAAGAUCGAGACGCUGCAGUCGCAGGACGCUAUGCUUGAUACCCUCAUAAAGAAGGCGGAGUUGACGGGCGAUGCGCAGGAGCUUCGGUUGUUGCGCAAGUCGAAGUCGUCUCUUACGAGGGAGCUUCGGGAACUGGGCUUCCAGAAGGCUCAGUACGAACAGCAGGAGUCGGCCAAUCGUAUACUCUCGGAUCGUACGAAGGUCGCCAUUGUGAACUCAACAGUGGGCGACGAGGACGGCAAGUCGGUCGUGCGGUACCUGAUCGAAGUUCAGCAGCUAGCCCCGGACGGAAGCUACACGUCUGGCUGGGUCGUUGCGCGGCGCUACAACGAGUUCUUCAACAUGCAUAAUAAGCUUAGGGAGCGGUAUGCGCUUGUCCGGAAUCUAGACUUCCCGGGCAAACGACUAGUGACAUCCUUGGCCACGAGCUUCGUCGACCAUCGACGUGUGGCUCUUGAGAAAUACUUGCAGAGCUUGAUAACUAUCCCUGCUGUCUGCGAGAGCGACGAACUCCGGAACUUCCUGUCGCGCGACUCACCCUUCAUCGCAAGCGCACCGACGGAAUCAAAUACCAAGGCGGCAGCACCCUCCACCAGCAAAGGCCUCGUCCACUCAGUCUACAAGUCCGUUGCCGACAGUAUUGACGACAUGUUCUUUGGCCCCUCCAUGCUAGACGUUAUCAUCCAGCGGCUAACCACACAAGCCGCCGAGUUCGCUGGUAUCGUAGGCAGCGGCGUACAUGACGAGGACCUCGUCGCGCAGGCGCUGAAGGCUUCGGGCAAGGCUGGUUCGGACGACGCGCUGUUGCAGCUCUCGGGCGAUCUGAAGCCUAUGCAAGGCGAGACGAGCAACUCGACGUUCUCAUCGCCUAUAUGCGAUUUGUUACUCGCCGUCUUUGAGCUUGACAAGAAGAACAACUGGUUGCGGAGACAAGCUAUUGUCAUCAUUCUGCAGCAGGUCUUUGGGGAUACGAUUGAACGCAAAAUCCGGGAAACGCUCAAAACGUACCUGGACGAGCCACAUUUGGUCGACUAUAUCGGCAAAUUCAAAGAAACACUCUGGCCUAGUGGCCAAUUGAAGCCUCCUUCAGCGCCACGCACUGCAGAAGAGAAGGUACGAACGAGAGACGAGGCCAAUCGCAAGCUAUCCGCGUUGAUGCCAGGUGAAUUGGUGGCCAAUAUGAUUGGUCGAUCCAACGCACGUCGCGGGGCUCGACGGAUAUUCGCUGUACUACAAAAUCGUCGCCUAAACCAACACUUGCUCUAUACCAUCGUCGAUGAGGUGUGUACUCGACUCGAGUAUUCGGCGCACUUUUCACGGACGCCCCAACAUGAUAACCCUGCAACGACACUGCGUUUGGACCCUGCUGCCACGAAUUGUCACGAUGAAACCACUAGGAUCGUAUAUUAUGGCUACGACUAA